AUGAGACCUUCAACAGAAGAGAAGCAGCCAGAGCUCGAGAAGGUGCUAUCCAGCGAUAUGACUUCUGCCAAGGAAGCCGACGAAUCCACGAUGACUGCCGACGAAAACAUCACCUCUGACGAACAGGAGCUGGUUGACUGGAGGGGUGACGAUGACCCGCAGAAUCCCCAGAACUGGCCUCUAGCUAGAAAAUGGUGGCUGGUUGGUUUGGUAUCUGCGGUAACCUUUAACAUGUUUUCCAGCUCUAUGGCGUCUACAGUGACCGCGCCCGCCGUGCCCUUAAUCAUGGCACAAUUCCAACAAAGCAAUGCAGAACUUGAGUCAUUCGUGGUCUCCGUGUAUAUUCUGGGGUUUGCGUUUGGGCCAUUAGUUGUGGCUCCGCUCAGCGAAAUGUACGGGCGGUCUCUGAUCCUGCACGUCACGAAUGUCGUUUUCCUCGUCUUCAACAUCGCCUGCGCCGUGAGCACCAAUUUAGCCAUGUUCACCGUUUUCCGAUUCAUUGUCGGGUUGAUGGCAUGUACACCUUUGACUCUCGGGGGCGGCUUCAUUUACGAUCUGAUGCCACCGCAAUACCGCGCGAGAGCUUUGACAAUAUGGACCAUGGGCCCACUGCUGGGGCCUGUUUUGGGUCCUGUCAUCGGAGGAUAUCUUGCCGAGGGAGCUGGAUGGCAAUGGGUAUUUUGGCUAGUCACCAUACUGUCGGGCGUCCUAACAAUUGCAUGCUCCGCAUUCGUCCGAGAAACUUAUGCACCUGUCCUGCUGAUACGCAAAGCUGCGGCGCUGCGGAAGGAAACCGGAAACCGCAGGUUGCACUCGAAAUACGACAGUCGAACAGGUGUUUUUGAUACGUUCAUACGUGCCAUUGUCCGCCCAACGAAGAUGCUCCUGUUCGCGCCUAUUGUGACAUUGAUGGCGUUAUACAUUGCGAUGAACUACGCUUACAUGUAUUUGCUCUUUACAACGUUCACAUACGUUUUCAUGUCCAACUACCACUUUACCGAAGGUGAGGCCGGCCUUGCCUACCUUGGAGUUGAGACUGGGUUUAUUCUAGGGCUGCUGAUUACCGGGUUCUAUUCCGACCAAUACCUCAAAAAGGUGCGAGGUAGCCGCCCUGCGGUGCCAGAGGAUCACCUUCCCCCAAUGGCCAUCGGCGCCAUUCUUGUUCCUGCGGGUCUGUUCCUUUAUGGCUGGACAACACAGUAUAAGGUCCAUUGGGUUGUUCCCAUCAUCGGCACGGGUAUCUUCGGAUUUGGAAUGUUGUUGGGCUUCAUGCCCGUGCAGGUCUACCUUGUUGAGACCUAUACCAUAUUCGCUGCAAGUGCCAUUGCCAGUAACACCGUCGUUCGAUCUUUGCUCGGCGCGGUUCUGCCCUUGGCAUCUCAGAGAUUGUAUGACAAUCUCGGAUACGGCUGGGGCAACAGUCUCCUUGGGUUUAUCGCGGCGGCGUUUAUCCCAGCCCCCAUCUUUUUGAUCAAGUAUGGGGCGGCGAUCCGAUCCAACCCGAAAUUCCAGGUCAAGUUGUAG